AGAUCAUGGUUGAAGAUCUCGAUUUGGCGCAGGUUAACUGUGCGACGUUUAAAGUCUUUCUUCAACUUGCAUCCUUGCAAGAAAACCCUCCGACCUUGUAUAUCGCUUACUGUGCCACUGGAGACUUAUCAUGGCUCGUACCCACGCCAAGAACCCUCAAAAAUACCCAUGCGAGCACGUCGGGUGCACCAAAAGGUUCACGAGGAAGAACGACGUCAAGAGGCAUGCCAAACUCCACCUCGAUGGCGAGCAAUUGGAGUCUGAGAAACACACCUGUCCGGUCACCGAGACGGGGUGCAUCAUGGCUUCCCUACAGCUGGGAAACGUAAGGGUUCACAUCCGUGAAAAGCACCCCGAUGUCAAGGACCUUGUGUGCUUUGAUUGCAGGCCGACUUUCCGGCUGUUCCGCAACGCAACAGCCCUAGCUGAGCACACUCAAGCCAAGCAUCCAUCCACCAAGAUUCUAAGCCACCAACCCGAAUCUCGUCCUUCAAAGCCACGCCGGAACGGCCCUAAGCGACCUCGAGACAUCGCCAAUCCUCCGCCUCCCUCCACCGACUCGGACUCGAUACUCCCUCCCCCGCCUACCACUCCUCGACGACAAAAAUCCCCAUUAUCCGACCUUAUAAUCAUCCCACCAUCGACAUUCCCAAAAGACGACCCAGAACAGCCCCGGGACCCAGAUCGACCUUUCCCGAAGUGGUAUCGCGCUCCUCAGCCUAGACCCAAGGUCUUCUCAAUUCGGAAGAAGGCGCGCGACACGUCUGGGAUCAAGAAGCGUGCUCGACGGCCUGUUUCGCCGGCACCGAGCUCGUCGACUGCGGGAGGAGAGUCUUCUAGCAGCCGAUUCCCAUUGCCUCCACCGCCUCCCUCUCAGCUCGUCACUCCGGUCUCGAGUGGUGCUGCGUCGCCUACUCAUGAGCGGGAGGUGAUCCGGGAUGACUGGUUCAGAUUUGUUGAGACGCGUUGGAGAUCUCCGAAGGUGUGGCCGUCUCUGGAUCGAAUCUGGGGGUAGUAGGUGGUUGGUGAGGUAUGCCGUUUGGACUUCUUCUCCUUCUUCUUGUCAUGUAUCUCUACCCUGAUAUCAUAUGCAUAUAUAUAAAGCUGAAAUUCCUCAUUUU